AUGUCUUCCCCACAAAAACAUUUUUACAAAGGUCAGGAUAGCGACUUCGUAAUUUUUAUUGAUGAUGAAGCAGCUGCCGAAAAGUUCCAAAAGGGCGAUGGCACAGUCCCUUUAAUAGAAAUAGUCUCUAUCUAUAAGGUCUUCACAACUAGAACUGGAGGUGCUGAAGGUAAGCUCGAUGAAGCUUCGAAGGCAGAACUCGACAACGAAUUUGGUACCUCAUCAGUUGAUGAAGUAAUCAAGAAGAUCUUGAAAGAAGGUUCUAAUAAGCAUGGUGUGAAUUUGCGCAGAGGUGGCAGUUCUACCAAUGACUCCAUGGGUGCUGGUGACACUGGUAAUUAG